AUGAGACAGAUGUGCUUAGUGUUAACUUGGUUGUUUCAAAUACAGUGUGCUGAAGAAGCCGCUCUCCAUACAAUUAUGGCCGAAUACGAUAAAUUAGAAGAAAUCAAAACAAUAAUACCAGCUAAAAAAUAUCGUGACAAUGUUAUACUGUUUCCUGAUGUUACCUGGGACAAUGAUAAGAUUGGAAUAGUAUCAACACUCAUAAAUACUGUUUCAAAUGCGAUAAUCACCAAUGACUGGUCAAAGAAAGAUGAUAAUUUGAGAGAUGAUAUACCUAAAAAAAUUAUUAAUAUGGUAACAAGUUGUAAAAAGGAAGAAGAGCCUAACAAGAAGAACAUUGUGAACUUCUAUACCAUUGAUAAUACAACAGAAGGGGAUCUUAAGGCAGCAACUGAGCAAUUGGAUAACGCAGUGAAACAAUCAAGUGUGCGUGAUGAUUUGAUGGAUUGCUUUAUGUUUGAAGAAUUAAGAAGAGCAACAAUCAAAAUAGGAAAAGAUUGUAAUUUGACGGCAGAUGAGAAGCAGAAGAUGUUGAUGGAUCACUUUCUGAAACUACCAUACUUCAUGUCAUUCACUAUGAAAAAUCGUCUAACUAGUGGUACGGUAUACGUAUAUGUUGUAUUUGCAAUAGGAAGCAAAUCAAUGAAGUCUGAAAUAAUCAAAAUAACGAAAGAGUUAGAAGAAGAACAAAUAAUUCAUGAUCUGGAAGAAUAUAAGGCAAAAACAUCAAAAAAGAAGACCGAAACACAAACAACGAAAACAGUUCCAAAGAAAGCAACAGAAAAAUCACCUAAGAAACAAACAGAAAAAUCAAAAGUGAUCAAAAUAGCACUCAUUGUAGUGGGGAUUAUCGUAGGAAUAGUUAUAAUAGCGACAAUAUCACUUAUAUUAGUGAGAAGAAUGAGAAAGCGUUCUAUUGAAAGAUCUGAUAAACCGUAA